AUAACGACAGUGGGCGUUGCAAACGACUCCUUCCUCUCACUUUUCUUCGUACCUUCCUCAUCUUAAGCAGGCGGUUCAUCGGCCGUAUCAACACAGAAAGCAAACCUUAUGGCCGAAAGCCCGUCUCGGUUGCCGACACCCGCCGUUUCCGUAUCGGAAACCGAUACGUCUCAGUACUGGUGCUACAACUGCAACAAACGCGUCUCUAUCGAAACCCUAGCCAAUCAACCAGAUGUUAUUUGCCUUGAGUGCAAGAAUGGUUUCGUUGAAUUAAUCCCCGCUCCGUCAACUUCGCCCUCAGCAACUCCUUCCCUAAUAUCAGACCAGGCUGAUGAUUCGACUUUUGGAUCCCAAUUCCUUCAAAUGCUUCGCAUAAUCGCGCAGGCGGCGCGUGACGAGGACGCGCCUCCUCUUCCGCAGGACCCCCAAUCUGAGGACGAUUUUUUGAGGAUCGAGCUCAAUGAAUUGGACAACGACGAAGAUGAAGACGAGGAUGAAGACGAUGCAAAUGAGAACGAGAAUGAAAACGAAGGGAACAGAGAUGAAGGACAGCAUGACGGUGAAGAAGGAGAGGAUCGAUCUGAUAACGAAAACGAAGAGGAAGAUUACGAAGAUCUGAGGACAAGACAGCGCGAUAUUCUUCGUCUCCGGAUCCGGGACUUUGCUACCCGAGCGAGGAGCGGGCGUAACCGGAUCCUUGACUGGGCUGAGAUUCUGAUGGGGCUGGAGGACAACUCGAUUGAAUUUCGUCUUGAAGUCCCGGAGACCGAUAGAUAUAUAGGCAAUCCGGAGGAUUACGUGGAUGCCGCUGGAUACGAGGCGCUGCUGCAGAACUUGGCUGAAAGUGAUGGUGGAAGGAGAGGGGCUCCACCUGCAGCAAAAUCGGUGGUGUCAUCGUUGCCCGCGAUUAAGAUCAUGUCAGAGGCGGAUAGUCUUGUGUGUGCCAUAUGCAAGGAUAUGGUUAAUGUUGGUGAAACAGAGACGAAAUUGCCGUGUGGACAUGGGUACCAUGGGGACUGCAUUGUGCCGUGGUUGGGUUCUAGGAAUUCUUGUCCUGUUUGUAGGUUUGAGUUGCCAACGGAUGACUCAGAGUAUGAGGAGGACAGAAAGAAGAAAGCGGCGGGCACUUCAGGCGGUGCUUCAGGUUCUGGCGAUGAUAGUUUGGGUUCCACUUGAUUUUAAUUGGUAUGCAAGUCAAUUUAAAAUUUUACUCGUGUAGUUUAAUGGUUCAUGAACCUUUGGUUGUUUAUUUACUUCUGUGGAUUAGAUAAAGCUGGAUUUGAUUUCAUUUGCAUAUGAAUGUAAAUAAUAUUUACUCUGUUUGGUUU